CAUCCCUCGCAGCCAUCCCGGCGGGAGCGCUUCCCAUGGAGCCGCAGGGUUACCGCUGCCGCAGCAGCCGCUACAUCGAGAGCGGCCAGUCGGCCGUGCCCAGCUCGGUGCUGUUCGCCGCCGGCCUUUUGGGGAACGUGCUGGCUCUGCUGCUGCUGGGCCAGCACCGCCGGCGCUCCCGCUCGCCCGGGGGCCGCCCGCCGCGGGUCUCGGCGUUCUACGUGCUGGUCACGGCGCUGGCGGUCACCGACCUGCUGGGCAAGUGCCUGAUCAGCCCCAUGGUGCUGGCAGCCUACGCCUACAACCGCAGCCUCAGCGAGCUGGGGCCGGGGGGCCGCGGCGAGGAGCAGCCGGGGAUGCUCUGCCAGCUCUUCGCCUUCCUGAUGGCUUUCUUCGGGCUGGCCCCCACGCUGCUGCUGCUGGCCAUGGCUCUGGAGUGCUGGCUUUCCCUGGGCCACCCCUAUUUCUACCGGCGGCACCUGACCCGCCGCCUGGGCGCCGCGCUGGGGCCGGCGGCCGCGGGGCUGUGCGCGCUGUUCUGCGCGCUGCCCCUGCUGGGCUUCGGGGCGCCCAUGCAGUACUGCCCGGGCACCUGGUGCUUCAUCCGCAUGGCCGGAGGCGGCCCGGGCCAGCUGGGCUUCCCCGUGCUCUACGCCAGCCUGAUGGGCUUGCUGGUGCUGGCCAUCGGGGCGUGCAACGUGAGCAGCAUGCGGCACCUGUACGGCAUGGCCCGCAGGCAGCCCCGCCGCGGCGCGGCCCCCGCCGCCGCCCCCCGCAUGGAGGAGCUCGACCACCUGGUCCUGCUGGGGCUCAUGACCGUCCUCUUCACCGUCUGCUCCCUGCCGCUCAUCAUCCGUGCCUACAUGGGGGCUUUUGCUGCCGAUUUCAACGAGAACGCCGACCUGAGCGCGCUGCGCUUCCUCUCCGUCAACUCCAUCGUGGACCCCUGGGUCUUCAUCAUCUUCCGCACCUCCGUCUUCCGUUCCUUCGUGCGCCGGGUCUGCCGGCGCCUGGGCUCCCGCAGAGCCUCCCUGAAAGGCUCCGGCCCUGCUGGUGACAGCCACUUCUGUCCCCCGGGCUGCCGCAGGACAGACCCCGCUCCGCUCGGCAUCCCCUGAGCGCGGCGCUGCUGCAGAAGCCGGCGGCUGCUGGCGAGGAUGAGGAGCGAGCCUUCGGCCCCGCAGCGCUGCCCUGGAGCAUCCCGAGGCGCCACAGGGCGGUGGCAGGCGGGGACAGCGUCCAGCUCGCUGCGAGGGACGCUGCGAAGGGCUUCUGUGCCCUCCUCAGGCUGCGUUUUGCCCCGGAGAGGAUCUGGGAUGGCCGGGGGUUUGGGAAUGUCCCGAGCAGCAGAGUUUUGUGGAGGGUUUGGGGAGAGCCCGGCUCCAGGAAGGCAGAGGGGCUUUGGAGCGUGGUUCAGGGCGGUGGGGAUGCACAGGGAGGAGAAGCGUGGGUGUGUCCCCGUGGAAUAAAAGCGGUUCGGUGUUUCACGGCCUUGGCCUGUGCAUGAUCCCAUUCCGUGCCAAGGAAUGGGUUUGGGGUGUCCCCAGAGUGGGCGAGGGGCUCAGAAAUUCGAGCAGCAAUUCCUGGGGUGAGGAGGAGCUGGAUGCAGGAGGAAUCCCUCCCUGGCACACCCUCCACCCCUGGCCAGGAUCUUCCUGGGGCAGGGCUGUGGUUUGUCCACCCUUAUCUCGCUCUUCCCUGGAAAACUCCGAGCACUGAUGUUGCAUUUGUGCUCCUCAGCCGUACCUGUUCUGCUGUAAUUAUUUAAAUUCAGUAUUUAUGACUGUCCUGAGCCUUAAUGAGAGCAGUAAUUGAGGGAACACAGAGCCUGGCGUGCACAAGCUCUCGGUGUGAGCGUGCAAGAGAGCGAUCCUUUUAAUGGAAGAUCCAUUUCCUCUCAACCACAGGUAUUAACAGGAUCUAAUUUUUGCCUUAAGUGACCAUUUAGGCCAAAAAAAAUGACGAUGACCAACUGUUCAGUGUCCUUGGAGGAGACAGAGGGUAUUUCUCUCCUCUGUUUAGCUAAGCCUUGCAAGGUGCAGCCGUGUUCCUGCCUGCUCUCACGUGAUGUUUGCUCUUGGUGCCAAACAGAUUCUGCUUUUGAAGGAGCAAUAUCUUGGAGCUUUUUGGAGGUGACCUGCUGGGGUUGGCUCAGGCUGCUGCUCCCAGCUGGAGAAAAGGGCAGAGCUGUGUUUGGGGAUGUUUUUGGGGGCACCUGUGAGCUGCCAGCUCGGUGCCUCUGCUCGGGGUUUUCCGAGGAGAAAGAAGGAAAUGAGGGCUGGUUCAUGGAUUGGUUUCAUGUUACUGGCAUGGUAUUGACUUGGAGAUGGCUCACGUGGGGCUGCAGAGUCAACAGCUCCCAGCCUGCUCCGUGACUUUCCUGGGAUCUGUUCCACCACAGCCAGGUGGAGAUAACAGCCCUGGAAAACUUUGUUGUUGUCCUCCUAAACUGGGAUCUCGUCCCCCAAACAGAUCCGGGCUCCACUCGGGACAGACGGAGCAGCACGGUCAGGCUGGGAGUGUUUGAUGUAGGAUCAUGGAAUGUUCACUGAGGUGGGAUAAGAUUUCCAAGCUGAGGGCAUUCUGGGUGUGCAGAGCAUCACCUGCCCCUGGUGCCCGUGAGGAUUCACCCCUGGAGAGGCCCUGGCCCAGGACAAGUCCCAUCCCCGGGAAAUGUCCCUGCCCCUUGAGGUGCGUGUUUAGAUCCCAGGGUAACGACGAUCCAUGGAAAUCAGCAAUUAAACCAACACAAACCAAAUCAUUGUCCUUUAUUAAGGUGCAAAAAUAGACUCCCCCUGAGCCCUGAGGCGAUGCAAACACCUCAUCACCGACCCACCCGCGAUUUUAUCAUCUCGGGAAAUAAACCACCAGUGACCCCCCAUCCCUGCAGCAUCCCGGCUGCCUGGCAGGGACCACACAUUUCCCAGCGACCUUGACACGCUCCUCUGGCUCGGGCAGCGCUUUUAAUCGGGAUUCUGCCCUUGCUGCUGUCCGACCUGCUGUGGGAGCAGACCUGGAGUCUCCGCUGCCUCCGGGCGAGCCGAGCGGCGCCUGCAGCCGGCGAGGUUUGGGCUCGGGGCUGCGGCCUCCGGGAGGAUCAAUCCUGGCUGCUAACGAACCCCCGGGACCGGGGCUGCCGUGUCCCCGUCCUCGCCAGAGAUGGCAGCACGUCCCCAGCCAGGGCCGGGCUCCCGAGCAGCCAGGAGCCCGCGGGUGUUGGCCACCCCAAGCUGCUCCCUCGGGCACCCCGUUUUUCUGCGCCUCAACGCGCGCAGUUCGGAGCUUCAGGAGUUGCGUGGAAGCUUAGCUCCCCUCCUUACCGAGUCUGGGAAAGAUCAAAACGAAAGGGAAAUUGAAAUUAAAUUGAGAGUUGAAAUGAAAAAUCCCGACAACGCGCGGGUCGGUUGUAAAUGUUGCUAAAUAGGAACGGGAAAAAAGCUCAGGCAGCUGCAGCUGAGGGGGCAGAGCUGCUGUGGAGCCCCCCCUGAUGGCAUCCUCCCCCCAGGCUCCUGCAGUGCUCAGUCAUCCCCCGGGGGACCCCUCCGUGCCAGCCCAGCCGCUCCCGAGGGGCCGGAGCUGGCGCUUAAUGGAGGCGAUGAAGAGGCGCUGCUCAGCUCGGGCUGCAGCUCCGCGCCAGCCAUGCUCCUUUUGGAGCCUCUUUGAUGUCCCUGUCACCCUCCAGCACUGCCAGCUGCCCUGUCCCACGCUGUCACUGCUGCCACCAGCAUCACCUCUCCCCGCAUCCCGCUCCUUCCCUGGACAUAAAUCACUCUCAGGGUGUUGGUUGGUUUGUUUUUUUUUUUUCCAGCUCACGAAAUCCAGGCACAACUUUGCUCAAGCUCAUUUCCCGACAAAUUGUUUCGCUCUUGCAAAGAGCCCUUUUUUUUUUUUUUUUUUUUUUUUUUUAUUGCCUCCUGCAUUUUUCAGCUGUUCUGCGAGCAGCGAGGCGCGUGCCUGGGCAGGCAGCAGUGCCAGGGCUGCCAGCAGCCCCAGCCAGCCCCUUCCUUUGGUUUUUAACCCAUGCACCCAGGUGCCGGCGCAGGAUAACAAGGCAGGGCACCAAAACCUGGCCCAGUGCUCAGCCCUGCUUGCCCAGGACGGGGAGUGAGGCUGCCGGAAGCUCUGGAGCAGCAGACAAGGGGUGGGAAGGUUUG